UAUAUACACAUUGCCAAAAAUAUUGGAACACCCCUCCAAAUCAUUAGAUUCAGGUGUUCCGAUCACCUCCAUGGUCACAGGUGUAUAAAAUCAUCACCUAGGCAUGCAGACUGCUUCUACAAACAUUGGUGAAAGAAUGGGUCGCUCUCAGGAGCUCAGUGACACCAAGCGUGGUCCUGUGAUAGGUUGCCACCUGUGCAAUAAGUCCAUCCGUGACAUUUCCUGGCUACUAAAUAUUCCACACUCAACUGUUAGUGGGAUUAUAACAAAGUGGAAGCAACUGGGAACAACAACAACUCAGCCAUGAAGUGGUAGGCCACAUCACAUGACAGAGCGGGGUCAGCGCAUGAUGAAGCGCACAGUGUGCAGAAGUCACCAACUGUCUGCAGAGUCAAUAGCGAAAGACCUCCAUACUUGGUGUGGCCUUCAGAUUAGUACAACAACAAUGUGUAGAGAUCUUCAUGGAAUGGGUUUCCAUGGCCAAGCAGCUGCAUCCAAGCCUUACAUCACCAAGUGCAAUGCAAAGCGUCGGAUGCUGUGGUGUAAAGCACGCUGCCACUGGACUAUAGAGCGGUACUUGCCUGACUGCAUUGUGCCAAGUGUAAGGUUU